UAUGGCUAAAACUGAAUUGUUUCGAUACGGUUCGUUCCCAACCGGUUUAUAUACGGCGGCUGGUGAAAACACGAUUCCAGCACAUGCUCACGCCAUCUCACUAACGGAUUAUAGGCGGCAGCCUAGUAACUAUAAGGAGCAGAUCAACUAUAAUGUGGGACACUACGAAGCUGAAAUAAAGGACCAAAGUGGAAGUGCCGUUGGUAACUUUGUAGUUUCAUCACCUUCAGUACAAGCGUACCAUCCGAGCGCAGCGUACGUACCACCUUAUGCAAGCUCAGCAAUCCAUGCGAGCUCUGCAAUACCAACUACACUUACACAAGCAAUCUGGUCGACAAACGAAUCAUCGUGUAGUAUCGAAAACAACAAUGUUUUAAGACCCUCGCCAAUUGCCUACAAAAGCAUCUCAACCAGUAACUCUUUGUCGUGUAACAUAGAACAUGAACCCAAUCAUUUUUCAAGACUUGACCCUAAAGUGACCACUGUGACCUUUUACCUCAAGCUGUGA